AUGGAUGCUUCUGAGGAAGCAAAAAGAAUAUCAAUACAGGUCACAUCCCUGUCCACGCAAUUAAUUGAAAGUGUGGAUAAACAGUCACAUUUAGAGGAACAGCUUAAUAAAUCUUUAAAAACAAUAGCCAGCCAAAAGGCAGCGAUUGAAAACUACAAUCAAUUGGAAACAGAUCAUAACACUUUGAAAAAGACUCUAUCAGAGAGGGAUGACGAGGUGAAAAAACUGCAUGAGGAUAUAGCGAAAGAAACCCAACUUCGAACCAAAGCUGAAGAUGAAAAUGACAAACUAAAUAGGGAAGUUGAAGAUUUGACUGCUUCGCUUUUCGAUGAAGCAAACACCAUGGUUGCAGAUGCUAGAAGGGAAAAAUAUGCUAUCGAGAUAUUGAACAAGAGACUCACCGAACAACUCCGUGAAAAAGAUGUGUUGUUGGAGACUUUGACCCUACAACUCAAAAACUUGAAGAAAGUGAUGCAUAGUUUAGACAAUGAAAGUACAGUAACGAAUAACUCGAAUAGGUAUUCCACGAUCCUAAGCGAUUCAGCGACUUCUUCUAGCACUUCUUUGAACAAAGUUCCAACUUUGAACUCCUUUGCUUCCCAAGAUAUGUACAGUGGGAUUGUAUAUUCACCAACUAUAUCAUCUAUUCGUUAUGAUAUAAGCCUUUACAACGAGUUCUUGAAAUUUGUUGCUGCUCUACCUCAAUGUGAAAACAUAAAGGCAACUUCAUCAGAAUCAAAAUUGAUACGAAGAUUGGUCAAUGAUGAAAUCCAACCUAUACUUAAAAUUGAUAAUGCGUCGGGCAUCGGCUGGUUGGUUAAAAAGACUUUACUUUCUUUGAUUAUAGAUGGCUUGGUGAUUGUGGAGCCCUUGAGCGGCGUUAAUGCAACUUAUCACAUUGGUUACAACUCAAGCAGCCCUGUGAAACAAAGUACCGCGAAUAUGCCAAAAAUGUUCAAAUUUCCGUUAAACUCACCUCCAGUUGCAGUGCAUGCUGCGUGUUCCUUUUGUGGUGAAUCUAGAGAUGACAUAAUUGAACAUGCAAGGAUGUAUGUGCUGAAAACGUUGCAUAAGGCUGAUGAUGGCACAGAACAGGUAACGAAUACUUAUCCAUUAUGCCACUGGUGUUUGUUAAAGUUGAGGCAAACGUGUGAAAUCUUUGCCUUUUUAAGAUCAUUAAAGGUAGGUGCAUGGCAUUUAGAAAAGCUGGUGAUGCAAAAUAUUGCCAAGGGAGAUUUGGUAAAAUUCUCUGAAGUUACGCAGCGUACUAAAACAGAAGACAGAGUAUCUUCUCAUGAUAAAAAGUCUAAACGAUUAAGCUUUAUGGCAGGCCUUGGUAUCAAUUCGACAGCAAAAAGUAAGCCAAAAAUGGAAGUAUUUUCCUCUGAAAUAAAUGCGAAACCAGGACAACCCACCACUAAUAUUCAGAGAGCAUGGCUACAAUUAUGUAAAUUGCGUUGUAUACUUCACUGGACUCAUAUAGGUAUAUGGGCGGUAGAUGAUUCAAUUUCCUCAAAAAUUGGACCCCUUGUUGAUGAUGAAGACAGUGAUGAUAAUCAAAAUGAUGCUAUAUCAGUCCGUUUGCAAGACAAAACACUCUGGAAGAAGAAUAAAGGCGCACCUUCAUCGUCAUCCAGCGCAGAUGAAAGUCAGAAGAGUGACACUUUUGACUUUGAAAGCGAAGACACAGAAAAUGAGAAGACAGGAGAGUCUUCCUCAGAUGGGCUUUCCACAGAUGGAUCCUCUACGGAUGAGUCCUCGACAGAGGAAUCUUCCUCUACGGUUUCUACGACAAGUCAUGGAAAUUCAGAAGAUCUAGAUCGAAAUGAAGGUGAUGAUACAGUAACAAACUAUGAUGAAAGGAGCACUAACUCGACAAAAAAGAAGAAAGAAAGUGUCAAUAAAACUGACGAUGGAGUUCGAAAAAAAUCAAAAAGAAAGGCUUCUCAACACGAGAUUCAAAAGAAAAAGUUACUGCAAGACUUGGACGAAUUGGAAGAGCAAUUUAGGGAAGAAAGUGCGAAUAAUCAGGACGAGCCCAAAAGUUCAGACGAUGUUGAGAAACAUACUGAAUUUCUAAAAAAACCAUUCGCUACAAAGGAGGAUGUUAGGAAAAAUGAAGAUCUAAGCAUUGAAGAGUCAAACUUGGCGAUAAGCGAUAAACACCAAGAACAAAUACGGGAAAACAGUCCAAGUAGCGCAUUGCAUGCAUCUUCAAGUAAUGAUGAUAACUUCGAUGAUGCCCAAGAACAGCAAUAA